AAAUAGGGUGGCUCUACCAAGUAUCUAGUACCUACCCAGGGCUACCCUUCCUUCUACUUCGUUUCCCUUUUAAAUACAACCUGGUACCUACCCAGGGCUACCCAUCCUUCAACUUCAUUUCACCACAGAGAGAGAGAGAGAGAGAGAGAGAGAGAGAGAGAGAGAGACUGUCUGCAGUCUGAGAGAGAUGGGUUGGUUAACGCGAUUCCUAGCGGCCGUGGCUUUCCUAGCAAUCGGUGUGAUAUUCUCGCCGGAGACCUUCGGAUCGAAAUCGGACGGUCAGAAUCCGUCGAAGCUUGCUAUCUACUUCAAGUUGGCUCAUCUCCUCGGCUUCUCCACGGCCUUUGGCUCCGGUCUCUGGGUUACCUUCAUUAGCGGCAUCAUCAUGUUCAAGAAUCUUCCGAGGCAUCAGUUUGGAAAUCUGCAAAGCAAGAUGUUUCCUGCAUAUUUCAGCCUGGUCGGUACCUGUUGUGCAAUAUCAGCGGGGUCGUUUGGGUAUCUGCAUCCAUGGAAGUCUUCAUCUACUGCUGAGAAGUACCAACUUGGCUUCUUGCUGUCUGCAUUUGCGUUCAAUCUUGCUAAUUUGGUUGUCUUUACUCCCAUGACCGUUGAGAUGAUGAAGCAAAGGCAUAAGGUGGAGAGAGAAUCCAGCAUUGGGGAAGAAGUUGGGUGGUCAAAGAACGUGGAGGUUGCAAAGGUGAAUCCCAAGCUUAAGGCCAUGAACAAGAAAUUUGGGAUGAUUCAUGGGUUAUCAUCCCUCGCUAAUAUCAUGUCCUUUGGCAGCCUUGCCAUGCACUCGUGGUACGUGGCAGGUAAAAUCAAUCUGUAAUUGGAAACUGGUUUCCCUUUAUUAGGGAAGGUGUUGUCUAGCUAUAGAUUAUGUCCAUUCCAUUGAGGGAGGACCUUUGUGCUCUCUCUUCUUUUAUGAUUACCUCGGAUUCAUCCUGUCAAAUGUACGAUGGAACAAGACUUAAAUAAAUUAGAAAAGGGGUAAUUAUACGA